GGAAGGUGGAGAGACACCGCGGGCCGAGACUUUAAAUCGCCUUCAUUUCCCCCAAAUCCUUCCUUUUCCUCUCCUCCCCCAGGCCGGCGGGGAGGCAGCUUCCACCGCCCUCCGCGCGCCCUCACCCGGCCUUGCUCUGCCUCCGGGGACCGCCAGCAGCCCGCCUCCAAAAGUUUGAUCAUCUCUCUCUCUCUUUUUCUUGCUUCUUCUUCCUUUUUGGUGGAAGCAGAAAAGGAGCGAGGCAGGGGCGAGCGCGGCGCCCGGACUCCUGGGACCAUGGGCCUGGCGCGGGCGCCCGCGGGGCCCCAGCCGCGCUGCCUGCCUGCUCGGGCGCCCCUGGGCGCGGGGCUGCUCUGGGGGCGCGGGGGCCGCGCGCUCUGAGCCGGCCUGGCGCGGCGGGGCGGGGGGCUGGCGGCCCCAUGGGGCGCGCCCACACUUGCCCCCCGGGCUCGGGAGCAUGAAGUAGGGGCCUGCCAUGGGAGCGGGAUCGGCGCGGGGGGCCCGAGGCACAGCGACGGCGGCGGCGGCGCACGGGGGGGGGUUUCUCUUCUCCUGGAUCUUAGUCUCGUUUGCCUGUCACCUGGCCUCCACCCAAGGAGCUCCUGAAGAUGUGGACGUCCUCCAGCGGCUGGGCCUCAGCUGGACGAAGGCCGGGAGCCCUGCACCCCCGGGAGUCAUUCCUUUCCAGUCUGGCUUCAUCUUUACACAGCGGGCCCGGCUCCAGGCUCCCACGGGCUCCGUCAUUCCUGCCUCCCUGGGCACAGAGCUGGCGCUGGUGCUGAGCCUCUGCUCCCACCGGGUGAACCAUGCCUUCCUCUUCGCUGUCCGCAGCCGGAAACACAAGCUGCAGCUGGGCCUGCAGUUCCUCCCCGGCAAGACGGUCGUCCACCUGGGGUCCCGGCGUUCGGUGGCCUUCGACCUCGACAUGCACGACGGGCGCUGGCACCACCUGGCCCUCGAGCUCCGAGGCCGCACAGUCACUCUGGUGACCGCCUGCGGGCAGCGCCGGGUGCCUGUCCUGCUGCCUUUCCACAGGGACCCUGCACUCGACCCCGGGGGCUCCUUCCUCUUUGGGAAGAUGAACCCGCAUGCAGUCCAGUUUGAAGGUGCUCUGUGCCAGUUCAGUAUCUACCCUGUGACGCAGGUCGCUCACAAUUACUGUACCCACCUGAGGAAGCAGUGUGGACAGGCUGACACGUACCAGUCCCCACUGGGGCCUCUCUUCUCCCAAGACUCUGGCAGACCUUUCACCUUGCAGUCUGACCUCGCCCUGCUAGGCCUGGAGAACUUGACCACUGCCACACCACUGGGGUCACAGCCAGCAGGCAGGGGACCCAAGGGGACUGUGGUGCCCGCCACUCCCACCAAGCCCCAAAGGACUAGCCCCACAAACCCUCACCAGCAUAUCGCGGUGCAAGGCCCAGCCCAAACCCCACUGCUACCUGCCAAGCUGUCAGCCAGUAACACACUUGAUCCUGUGCUCCCAGCCUCUCUUGGCAGCUCUACCAGAACGCCUCGCCCUGCAGCCGCUCAACCAUCACAGAAGAUCACAGCCACCAAAAUCCCCAAAAGCCUCCCUACCAAGCCUUCAGCCCCUUCUACUUCAAUUGUCCCCGUCAAAAGCCCCCAUCCUACCCAGAAAACAGCUGCACCUUCAUUUACAAAGUCAGCCCCACCCACUCAGAAGCAAGUACCACCUACUUCCCGUCCAGUUCCUGCCAAAGUAUCCCGUCCCGCAGAGAAGCCCAUCCAGAGGAACCAAGGAAUGCCCAGGCCCCCACUGCCCAGCACCCAGCCCCUACCUCCUACCACCAGCUCCUCUAAAAAACCCAUUCCCACACUAGCUCAGACUGAGGCCAAGAUGACUAACCAUGCCAGUAAGCCGGCCUCUGCCCGCACCAGCACCCACAAACCUCCCCCAUUUACUGCUUUAUCCUCAUCUCCUGCCCCUAUUCCUGGUUCUACCAGGACGACUCGGCCACCAGCCACAAUGGUGCCUCCAACCUCGGGCACCAGCGCUCCCAGAACAGCACCUGCCGUCCCCACUCCUGGCUCAGCUCCCACUGGAAACAAGAAGCCCACUGGAUCGGAAGCCUCAAAGAAAGCCGGACCUGAGAGCAGCCCCCGGAAGCCCGUCCCCCUCAGACCUGGGAAGGCAGCCAGGGAUGUCCCCUUGAGCGAUCUGACAACCAGGCCUAGCCCCAGACAGUCCCAGCCCAGUCAGCAGACCACUUCAGCCCUGGUAUUGGCCCCGGCGCAAUUCCUGUCCUCCAGCCCCCGGCCCACGAGCAGUGGCUAUUCGUUCUUCCACCUGGCAGGAUCUACGCCUUUCCCUCUGCUGAUGGGGCCUCCGGGGCCCAAGGGAGACUGUGGUUUGCCGGGUCCCCCUGGGCUGCCUGGGCUACCUGGAAUCCCUGGUGCACGUGGGCCUCGGGGUCCUCCUGGGCCUUAUGGAAAUCCAGGUCUCCCCGGCCCUCCUGGAGCCAAAGGACAGAAAGGGGACCCAGGGCUCUCACCAGGAAAGGCCCACGAUGGGGCAAAGGGUGACAUGGGCUUGCCUGGGCUGUCCGGGAAUCCAGGACCUCCGGGACGAAAGGGACACAAGGGCUAUCCUGGACCGGCAGGGCACCCCGGAGAACAGGGGCAGCCAGGACCUGAGGGCAGCCCAGGGGCCAAAGGUUACCCUGGCAGGCAGGGGUUACCUGGACCGGUAGGAGAUCCCGGCCCCAAAGGCAGCAGGGGCUACAUUGGGCUCCCAGGGCUCUUCGGCCUGCCAGGGUCUGAUGGAGAGCGAGGCCUGCCUGGUGUUCCUGGCAAGAGGGGCAAGAUGGGUAUGCCGGGGUUUCCUGGAGUCUUUGGGGAAAGAGGCCCUCCCGGACUGGAUGGAAACCCUGGAGAACUGGGCCUGCCAGGCCCCCCUGGAGUCCCCGGCCUCAUUGGUGACUUGGGAGUGUUGGGUCCGAUUGGCUACCCAGGACCCAAGGGCAUGAAGGGACUGAUGGGCAGCGUGGGGGAGCCCGGACUGAAAGGUGAUAAGGGUGAACAAGGGGUUCCAGGUGUGUCGGGAGAUCCCGGAUUCCAAGGAGACAAGGGGAGCCAGGGGUUGCCAGGGUUCCCCGGCGCACGGGGGAAGCCAGGGCCUCUGGGCAAAGUUGGAGACAAAGGAUCCAUUGGGUUUCCCGGGCCCCCUGGACCCGAGGGAUUCCCAGGAGACAUCGGCCCCCCUGGCGACAACGGCCCAGAAGGCAUGAAGGGUAAGCCUGGAGCCCGAGGCCUGCCGGGACCCCGUGGGCAGCUGGGGCCCGAGGGAGAUGAGGGACCCAUGGGGCCACCAGGGGCCCCUGGCUUGGAGGGUCAGCCUGGCAGGAAGGGCUUUCCUGGGAGGCCCGGCCUGGAUGGCGUGAAGGGGGAACCAGGGGAUCCUGGCCGGCCGGGGCCUGUGGGAGAGCAGGGAUUUAUGGGAUUCAUUGGUCUGGUCGGGGAGCCAGGAAUCGUGGGAGAAAAGGGUGAUCGUGGCAUGAUGGGACCCCCAGGCGUGCCUGGACCCAAGGGGUCGAUGGGUCAUCCUGGAAUGCCAGGUGGUAUGGGGACCCCUGGAGAACCUGGACCCCAGGGUCCUCCAGGAUCUCGAGGCCCACCAGGCAUGAGGGGAGCAAAGGGACGUCGGGGCCCCCGAGGACCGGACGGGCCAGCUGGGGAGCAAGGGUCCAGGGGCCUGAAGGGCCCUCCAGGACCCCAAGGCAGACCGGGCCGGCCUGGACAGCAGGGUGUGGCUGGUGAGCGAGGCCACUUGGGCUCGCGAGGCUUUCCCGGCAUCCCGGGUCCCUCAGGCCCCCCAGGCACCAAGGGCCUCCCAGGAGAACCGGGCCCUCAGGGACCCCAGGGGCCAGUUGGGCCUCCAGGAGAGAUGGGACCCAAGGGGCCGCCGGGUGCGGCGGGAGAACCGGGCCUUCCUGGGGAAGCCGGGAUGAAGGGUGACCUUGGACCCCUGGGCACCCCUGGGGAGCAGGGCCUCAUUGGGCAACGGGGAGAGCCAGGCCUCGAGGGUGACAGUGGCCCCAUGGGACCUGAUGGGCUGAAGCUCACAGGUGCCAAAGCCUGCUGGCCCACCUCGACCCUGCGUCUCCCUGUGAGCCUCCUGUCAGCCACAAGUGUCUGGACUCUGAAGCGGCACCUUGGCUCACCUGAACUGCAGGGGGACAGGGGAGACCCAGGGCCUGAUGGAGAACAUGGUGAGAAAGGCCAGGAAGGGCUGAUGGGUGAGGACGGGCCCCCCGGCCCCCCUGGUGUCACUGGUGUCCGGGGUCCUGAAGGAAAAUCAGGGAAGCAAGGCGAGAAGGGCCGCACUGGAGCCAAGGGCGCCAAGGGCUACCAAGGACAGCUGGGUGAGAUGGGCGUCCCUGGAGACCCCGGACCCCCUGGCACUCCAGGCCCUAAAGGGUCCCGGGGCAGCCUGGGACCAACGGGUGCUCCUGGACGCAUGGGGGCCCAAGGAGAACCGGGACUGGCUGGUUAUGAUGGACACAAAGGCACUGUGGGACCCCUCGGACCUCCUGGACCAAAAGGCGAAAAGGGGGAGCAGGGCGAGGACGGCAAGGCUGAGGGGCCCCCUGGGCCACCUGGAGAUCGGGGCCCUGUGGGUGAUCGAGGAGACCGCGGGGAACCGGGGGACCCUGGGUACCCUGGACAGGAGGGUGUGCAAGGCCUCCGUGGAAAGCCAGGCCAGCAGGGCCAACCCGGGCAUCCGGGACCCCGGGGGCGGCCGGGACCCAAAGGAUCUAAAGGCGCAGAGGGACCAAAGGGAAAGCAAGGCAAGGCGGGGGCCCCAGGCCGGAGGGGGGUCCAGGGCCUGCAGGGGCUGCCAGGGCCCCGGGGCGUGGUGGGGAGACAGGGCCUCGAGGGCAUCGCUGGAGCAGAUGGGCUUCCUGGCAGGGACGGGCAAGUGGGACAGCAGGGGGAGCAGGGAGACGAUGGGGACCCUGGCCCCAUGGGUCCUGCUGGGAAGAGAGGAAAUCCAGGUGUGGCCGGCUUACCUGGAGCACAGGGACCCCCAGGAUUCAAGGGUGAGAGUGGGUUACCCGGACAGCUGGGUCCCCCUGGCAAACGAGGGACGGAGGGCAGAACGGGGCUCCCUGGAAACCAGGGGGAGCCUGGGUCCAAAGGCCAGCCGGGCGACUCUGGCGAGAUGGGCUUCCCAGGAAUGGCAGGUCUCUUCGGACCUAAGGGCCCCCCUGGAGACAUCGGCUUCAAAGGCAUCCAGGGUCCUCGGGGGCCACCCGGUUUGAUGGGAAAGGAAGGCAUCAUCGGGCCCCUCGGAAUCCUGGGACCUUCGGGACUCCCGGGUCCGAAGGGUGACAAAGGCAGCCGUGGGGACUGGGGAUUGCAAGGUCCGAGGGGUCCUCCCGGCCCCAGAGGGCGGCCCGGCCCCCCGGGUCCUCCAGGGGGUCCUAUCCAAUUGCAACAAGAUGAUCUUGGGGUAGCUUUCCAGACGUGGAUGGACACCAGUGGAGCACUCAGACCAGAGGGUUACAGCUAUCCGGACCGGCUGGUGCUUGACCAGGGAGGAGAGAUCUUUAAAACCUUACACUACCUCAGCAACCUCAUCCAGAGCAUUAAGACACCCCUGGGCACCAAAGAGAACCCCGCCCGGGUCUGCAGGGACCUCAUGGACUGUGAGCAGAAGAUGGUGGAUGGUACCUACUGGGUGGAUCCAAACCUUGGCUGCUCAUCCGACACCAUUGAAGUCUCCUGCAACUUCACGCAUGGUGGACAGACGUGUCUCAAACCCAUCACGGCCUCCAAGGUCGAGUUUGCCAUCAGCCGGGUCCAGAUGAAUUUCCUGCACCUGCUAAGCUCUGAGGUGACCCAGCAUAUCACCAUCCACUGCCUUAACAUGACUGUGUGGCAGGAGGGCACUGGGCAGACCCCAGCCAAGCAGGCCGUGCGCUUCCGGGCCUGGAACGGACAGAUUUUCGAAGCUGGGGGUCAGUUCCGGCCCGAGGUGUCCAUGGAUGGCUGCAAGGUCCAAGAUGGCCGCUGGCAUCAGACACUCUUCACCUUCCGGACCCAAGACCCCCAACAGCUGCCCAUCGUCAGUGUGGACAACCUCCCUCCUGCCUCAUCAGGGAAGCAGUACCGCCUGGAAGUUGGACCUGCGUGCUUCCUCUGACCUCUGACCUCUUGGCCCCUCUAGGCCUCAUGGAGGAGGGAAGAGGAAGAGGCAAGGGGAGGGUACCGAGGGGCAGAUAGCUCCAGGAGAGGCAGCUCCCCUGCCCAAGAGUCCUUGGGCAGACCCCAGCUGUUGUCUGCCCGGUAGAAGUGGGUGGGGGUAGGAGGGGAUAGGGUAUCCUUGGGAACAAUGGAUCCCAGCUUAGCCCCAAAGACCAACCAAAGAGCCAGCCAGAGCAAGCUGGACCUGCAACCCGCCUGAGCCCCAUGGCCUCUCAGCUCUGCGGCCACCCCCUUCCCUCCCCAGCUUCCUGCCCAAAGAGCCCCACAUUCAAGCCAACUUGAGGGAAGGGGGCAUCUCGUCAGCUGGUCCCUGCUAGGGAGCUAUUGAUGUGCAAUAUUAGAAAGGAGACAUGAAAAACGGAGAAAAGGAAAGACAGAAGUAUAUAUAUAUAUUAUUUAAACAAACAAAAAUAAGGUGCGUUACUAUUUUUUUUUCACCCGGGAAAGAGGUGAGAGGAUGGGAAGGAGCAGCCAGGCGUGGGAAGCGGUGAGAUCCUCGGGCUGGGGGUGCCCAUGUUUGCUACCUCCCACUGUGAAAUCGCUGGUGCUCGCAAUUGUCUCUCAUAGUGUAUGUGAUUUUUUUUAAGGAAAAAAAAAGAAACAACCCUAUUUAAGAUUCUGAAGGUGCUACCAUUAUUUUGCCACAGACUUUGGAGAAACUUUUGGAUGUAGCGUAUCAUCCGCAUCUUUCUCUCUCCUCCAAAUGACAAAGUUUGGGGAAUUUUUCAAUUUUCUUAGCAUCACCCUUGUGCUCAUCAGGUAAUCUGCUAAGGAGGAAAAAAGAAAAGAAAAAAGGAAAAAAAAAAAGCAAAACAAAACAAAACAAAAAAAAACCCUACCAGAAACCAGAAGUAGAGAGAUUUACCUUAUAACUUAUGGACUUUGAAAUGUCUGUCCUUCUAAGGCAGCAGGGGAGGCCUGGGUGUGAAGCAUGUUGGCUUGGCCCUUCACGGUCCUGGAGGGAGGUGAGGCUGGCCUUGGAAAGCGUGCCCUGGAGAGGUCUUGGGUGAAGACUUGACCUUGAAGAAACCAAUCACAAAAGCGGCGUUGGGUCAGGGCUAGCGUUGGAGGUGAAGCAUCAACAUGGAACCAUCUCAGGAAGCCGCAUCACCUCUUCCAAGGCCCUCACUUCCAGGAGCCUGUCCUUGCAAGAUGCAAUCAUCGUUCCUGCUUUUUCAUUGUCAUUAAAUUCUGUAGAAACCCAUUGUCAUUAGCUCCAAGUGUAAAUUUGGGUCAAGGAGACAGAAUAAUAAUGGGAAUCUCGGAGUUCGACACCAUAGUGACAUUCAGCGUCCUCUGAAUUGUGCUACAUCAGCCAACAAGUCGGCGCUUGAAUUGGAUUUUGAGGUUAUUUUAACCUUGGAAUUGAGGUUAUUUAACCAUGGAAUUAUUUUUAUAGAAGGGGAAAAUGUAUGUGAAAGGCUCUGUUUGUGUAUUUCUCUCCUAAAGUUGUGUCUCUUUGGGAAUUGGAUUUGAUCUUUAUUAUUUAAUACCUCACUCUGGCCCGUCCCCUCUCCCGUCCCCCCUUCUGUAUCCUCGCCCCCCCGCCCCAGCCUGGACGCGCUGCGUGGAAGUGCAUGUUUGUAGCAGCUCGGGCCUCAUCUCAGCGCUCGGAUCCCUCCUGCCGCCAGAAUCCACUGGCCUCUGUCUCAUUCUUGGGUUUUCCUGCUGUCCUCGUUUAUGUCUGUCCACAUGUCAGUGUAUUAAAACCCCAAUGGGUUCCGUUUCUCCUUUUCCCCUCUGGAUUUUAAAUAAAUAUUUAAAACUGAGGCAAUGGAAUGACA